GGCGGAGUGCCUUCUGAAUCAAAUCACUCGAGUUUGUGAAAAAGCUUCAACUGGCAGGAGGCGAUCCGGACGACAGGAAAGUGUCGCCGAAGAGUCCGCACGGGGCGCGGAGGAAAGCUUCGCACCCCGGGGCGCCGACUGGUGGCCUCGGAAAUGAGGAGCGUUUCUCUCUAGCUGGGGGGAUCUGGAUUAUUAUGCAGCGCUAUGGCUUGGUGUGACCGAGGAGUCCAGACGCUACUGACCACAGUCGGGGCUUUUGCCGCCUUCAGUCUGAUGACCAUAGCGAUUGGCACUGACUAUUGGCUCUACUCGAGAGCGCACAUCUGCAAUGCCACCAACAUCACGAGCGACGAAACUCAAAACCAACCCAAGAAAACUAAAGGAGACCUGACCCACUCCGGGCUCUGGAGGAUCUGCUGUAUCGAAGGUCUCAACAGAGGAAGCUGCUACCGGAUCAACCACUUCCCUGAGGAUAACGACUACGACACGGACAGCUCGGAGUACCUGCUGCGUAUCGUGCGCGCCUCCAGCGUUUUCCCCAUCUUGAGCACCAUCCUCCUGCUCCUCGGAGGCCUCUGUGUGGGGGCCGGAAGGAUCUACAGCAAUAAAAACAACAUCCUGUUGAGCGCUGGCAUCCUCUUUGUAGCAGCAGGUCUGAGUAAUAUCAUCGGCAUCAUCGUGUACAUCUCGAGCAACGCAGGAGACCCUAGUGACAAAAAGGACGAGGACAAAAAGAACCAGUACAACUAUGGCUGGUCCUUCUACUUUGGGGCCCUGUCCUUCAUAGUGGCUGAAGCCAUAGGUGUGCUGGCCGUCAACAUUUACAUUGAGAAGAACAAGGAGAGGCGCUUUAAGACGCGCAGGGAGUUCAUCAAGGCCUCGUCAUCCUCCUCCCCGUACUCCAGAAUGCCCAGCUACAGGUAUCGGAGGAGACGGUCGACGUCCAGUUCCCGCUCCACAGAGCCCUCCCCUUCUCGGGAGACGUCACCCAUGGGACUCAAGAUGCUGGGUUCCGUGCCCAUGACUGAAAUCUCCAUGUACACCCUCUCGCGAGACCCUCUGAAGAGCCCCACCAGUGGCACGUACAGCUCUGAGCAGGAGGCGGGCUUCCUGCAGGUCCACAACUGCUUUCAGAAGGACCUCAAGGAGGGCGUCAACAGGAGGACCACACCUGUCUGAGUCACCAGGCGCUGUGACUGGUGAAUUACUGAUAGAGCCCCUCCCCGAGAUGGUGAGGGAGCGCCCGGCUUGACGCCCACAGGUUGUUGGGCACACUCCUGCAGGUGCACUUUUUUUUUGCGACAACGCCUGAGAAGUUCCAAUUGAGCCAGAAUUGGUAGCAAUAUUCUUGUACCCCAAGCGCUGAUGUCCCGUGUCUUUCCCCACAAGUGUCGUUCUUGCUGUGUCUGUCCCCGUCUAAGAAGUAUUCAGCCCCCCCCAGAAGAGUCCUUUCAACUGGUGCUAACAGGGAUGGAGGCCACACCACCCUGCUUUUCAGGACCCCUGGGGAGGCUUGAAAAUACGGCAUGUGUAGCAGUAAUGUCCCCCUCGCACAUGGGACCCUCCGUCUGCCUUUCAGAUCCAGUAUAAGACAUCAGAUUACAAAGGAACUGGUCUCCGGGUGGGCUCUUCUUUUGCCCAUUUGCCCUUACCAUAAAUGGAUAAUUGCAGGAUUCUGAGGGGACUGAGUCAAGCAUGCUUUCACUAAACAUUUGAGGGGCACCCCGUUAACCCGUCCUUCCAGUCGCUUCAGCACUAAGGGGGGUCCUUCUGCGUAUCUGAUAGCUUCAUUUCCAUUCACCCAGGUCAUUCCUUGGAGCAUGGGUAUGGCGUCCUUAGCACCCUCUGCAGCUGCUGCUACACAAGGGGGUAUCUGAAUGGCAGGUGGGCCACCAUGUCCUUCUGAGGACUUCAGGAGCUUGCUCCGUGCCAUGCAGGGAGAGAUUAUCAUGUGAAAGUGGGAGCACAAAGCACAUGCCUGAUGCGCCAGUCCCUCUCCUCCUCUGUUUUCAUAAAAAUUUGCUGGAGGCCCAAGGUGACUCGUAACUACAAAGACGGGUUCAGGAGAUGUCCCAGAAAUGUGGCCACCCCUUCCACUGCUCAGUAGCUCCUCUUCAGUUUGAGGUCUCAGAAUGAUUGGGCCAAUUGGAAUAAAGAGGGCCAAUGAGGGGGGGUAGGUGGGGUCUGAGAUGGGGGUUUGUUAAGGGAGAAGGCAGAGACUGUGAAUGAGGGGGUGAGGCUCAUUAAAACAGGGGGAAGGGCCUAAGAAUGAGGAGGUGGGGCUUUUUAAGGGUGAAGACAGAGACUAUAAAUGAGGGGGUGGGGCUUGUUAAGGGUGAAGACAGAGACUAUGAAUGAGGGGUGGGGCUCAUUAGAGGAGGAGGAGUUAGUGGUGGAGACAGGGUCUAUGACUAAGGAAGUGGUGCUGAUUAGAGGAGGGGUGGAGCCAAAGAAUGAGGGGAGCUAAUUAAAAAAAGAGAUAAGGUCUGUGAAUGAAUAGGUGGAGUUUGUUAAAGGUGGAGUCAGGGUCCAUGAGUGAAGUGGUACGGCUUAUUAGAGGAAGAGAAGGAGUGAGGAGGUGGAGGAGAAAGGGCCUAAGAGUGAGGAGGCGGGGCUACUUAAAGGAGGAGGUGGGGCUUGUUAAGGGCGUAGACAUAGACUAUUAGUAAGGGGUGGUGCUAAUUACAGGACAAGGUAAGGCCUACAAGUGAGAAGUUGGAGCUUGUUAAUGGUGGAGACAUGACAUAGGAUUCAGGAAGUGGGGCGAUUUAAAAAAAGGAAAAGGAGGUUAGACCUAUGAGUGUGAAGCUGGGGCUAAUUAAAGGAGGAGCUAAGACCUCUAAGGCAGAGAAGGAAGAGGAGGUAACGACUAAAAAUGAGAAGGAGGAGCUAAUUAGUGGAGGGGCGGGGCCUAAGUGUUAGAAGGUGGGCCUAAUUAGGAGAAGAGGAGAUAAGGCCUGUGAGUAGGUGGGUUUUGCUAAUGGUGAAGGCAGGGCCUCAGAGUGAUGGACUUACUAGAGGAGGUAGGGCCUAUGAGUGAGAAGGUGGAGCUCAUUAUAGGUGAAGGCAGAGACUCUGAGUGAGGAGGAGGGGCUAAUUAGUGGAGCAGGAGGUAAGGCCAAUGAGUGAACAGUUGGGGCUCAUUAAUGGCGUAGGCAGCACCUGGGAGUGAGGAGGUGGUACUAAUUAGAAGAGGAGUAGGUGGAACCUGUUAGUGACAAAGCAGAACUUGUUAUAGCGGAAGGCAGGGACUAAGAGUACGAGGGUGAGGCUAAUUAGAGGAGGGGCAGGGCCUAAGAGUGAGGAGGUGGUGGGACAUGUGGGGCUCGUUAAAGGUGAAGGCAGGGACUAUAAGUUAGGGGGUGGGGAUAAUUAAAGGAAGAGGCAGAGCCUAAGAAUGAGAAGGAGGUGCUAGUUAGAGGACGGGACAGGGUCUCAGAAAGAGAAGGUGGAGCCUAUGAGUGACAAAAUAGGGGUCACUAAAGGUGAAGACAGGAACUAUGAAUAAGAAGGUGGGGCUAAUUUGAAGAGGGGAGUGGACCAAGAGUGAGGUGGUGGGGCUAAUUGGAAGAGUAGGUAAAGCAUAUGAGGGAGGAUGGGGGUCUUGUGAGAGUAGGAGAAGUCAAAGUAUAUGAGCGAGUAAGAGAGUCAGGUCCGAAGAGCAAGGAGGUUGCUCUACUGGAGGUGAGAACACGGAUUUGUGUUUAGUGGGAGGAGGCGAGAGUCAUGGGAGGAGGAAGAUGAAAGGCCUCUGAGUGAAGAGAUAAAGGACAAGUCUUUGAGAGAAGUGAGCAGGUGACACCAAUGGGAAGAGGAGGAGGAGGACGAGCCUAGGAAUGAGACAUCAGGGCUGGUGGGUGACCACGAGUCAGUAAGUGAGAAGGCAGUCCAAGUGAAAGGGGUUAUAAGGCUAAAAAUGUCUGGGAGGUGAGCCUGGGCAGUGGAAGAUGGCCUUGGUGAUUUACUGAUGGAAGUAAAGCCUCUGAAGCAGAGGACUUUGAAGGAAAGGAGUUGAGUGAGGCUGGCAAGAAGAACUUGGGUUAGGGGGCUUCAGAAUUAGGCAAAGAAGACAAAGGUUCAGAUAGCCAUGGAGAUACACUGAGGUCCUGUGGCCCAAGACUAGCACAGGGAUGCUUGAAAGGGCCGUCUGGUUUCUUUUGCCAAUACCUGCCAGUGCCAGUGGGCGUGACCCGUUAACAUCAGCUCUGGACGUGCCAGGUCAGUGCAGCUCUGAGAGAAGAGGUGAGUUGUGCUGCUGUGCUUCCCUCUCGGCGGUUCUGCUGGUCAUUGGCUUCCUUCUUCUCCCAUUCGCCGGCAUGUCCUUCAGCUCUAUGUGUUGUGCCAUUCUCCUCCUGUGUCCCUUCUGGUACGUGUCCCUUCCAUGUGAACUCAGAUUUACAGAACUCAAUUAAACCAGUAAAACGUACUGGACAAAGCUA